GACCGCAGCCAACUACGGAGCAGCAGUUGAAAUCGAACCUUUGCCAAGCGCCCUCCAGAAGAAAAAGUGCUAAACAGCGCUCGCCCUGUGUAUGUGAUUGGGAGCUUGAAAAUUUGUGAUUUGGAAAAUCGAACUGGACAAUCUUUGAAACUGGUCAAAGCUGACCUGCAGCCAUGGCUACUCGUGCAACCAAGGUGUCGGUUAAAAAAGAGGAAACCGAGAUCCAAACUUUUUUGGAAACAUUCAAUGAGGAAACUACCAAUGAUAAUGAUAACGAAGAAACGAAAGGCGAUGAAGAGGACGAGGAAGGAGAUGAUGAGGAGGGAUGUUACUUCGUAGAUCAAGCUGGUAAUUACUACUACCAGGCUAGUAAGGAUUCAGAACCGGUUCUUACGACGGCACCCCCGGAUGCUGAACUUGUCGAAGAAGAUGAAGCUGAAAGGCAGACUGAAGAGGACUUUAAACUAAAACCUGCUGCAACGAAAAGCGGAACAAAAAAGGCGAAACCUAGUAAUACCAAAACGAUCGAGAAGAAGGAAAAUGAGGGCGUCAGUUACGUAUUGAUCAUGCAGGAUGAUGAAAAAGAUGAUCAGGAAGAGGGAGAGGAGGACCUGGAAGAGGAUGAAAAUAUUUAUGACUUUGACGUGGGUGAACUCGAUGAGCCGAAGGCCAAAGGGUCGACCAAAGCUAAAACCCAAAGCUCUGGAGCACAAAAAUUCAUGUGUAACUAUUGUAACUACACUACAAACAAACGUUUCUUGUUGGCACGUCACAUGAAGUCCCAUUCCGAGGAUCGUCCCCACAAAUGUUCCGUUUGCGAACGGGGCUUCAAAACGGUAGCAUCGCUUCAGAACCACGUGAACACCCAUACCGGUACCAAACCACACCACUGCAAACACUGUGAAAGUAAUUUCACCACUUCCGGGGAGCUGGUCCGUCAUGUGCGCUACAGGCACACCCACGAAAAACCGCACAAGUGCCCGGAAUGCGAUUAUGCCAGCGUUGAACUUAGCAAGCUGAAGCGUCACAUUAGAUGUCACACUGGCGAGCGACCAUACCAGUGUCCACAUUGCACCUACGCAUCGCCGGAUACGUUCAAACUGAAGCGUCACUUGCGCAUACACACCGGAGAGAAGCCGUACGAGUGCGACGUCUGCCAUGCCCGGUUCACUCAGUCCAACUCGCUCAAAGCCCACAAAAUGAUUCACCAAGUCGGCGAUAAGCCCGUCUAUCACUGCGAGCUGUGCCCAACGACUUGCGGGCGCAAAACAGAUCUCCGGAUACACGUUCAGAAGUUACACACCCCCCUGGAAAAACCAAUGAAGUGUCGGCGUUGUCACAAGGUGUACCAGGAUCGGUACUCGUACAAAAUGCACACUAAAACGCACGAGGGAGAAAAAUGCUAUCGCUGUGACCUGUGUCCCUAUUCGUCGAUUUCGGCUCGGCAUCUGGAGUCGCACAUCCUGGUGCACACGGAUCAGAAACCGUUCCAGUGUGAGAUGUGCGAACAGUCGUUCCGGCAGAAACAAUUACUGAGACGACAUCUCAAUCUGUAUCACAAUCCCGAUUACGUGGUUCCAACGCCAAAAGCUAAGACGCAUAAAUGCCCCAGCUGCCCGAGGGCUUUCCGCCACAAGGGCAAUCUAAUCCGACAUAUGGCAAUGCACGAUCCGGAUUCGACCGUGCGAGAAGAGCAGAUAGCCCUGAAGGAAGGUCGCCAGAAGAAGCUCAACAUUAGCUUCGGUGGAAUUUCAGAAGAGGAAGAAGAGGAGGAGGAGGAGGAGGAAGAGGGCGAUGAAGAUCAGGAAAUUAUGACUGUCGAGGGUGAAGAUGGUCAGUAUGUUGUGCUGGAAGUUAUUCAGCUGCAGGAUGAAGAGGACAAAAAACCAAAAAUUAAGAAAGAUGCAGAUUCGAAUGAUGAGGAGGAAAUUGAUAAUAAAGAUUCCAUUCUCAAUGAACAAGAGAUAGAUUUAGGCGAAACGGCUGAAGGAGAAUUUAUUUUAAACGAAGAGCUGGCAGAAAGCAUGCUUAUCUCCACGUUGGAGCCACCUAAUAAAAAGCGACGAUUCAACAGCACUGUCGUAGCCCGUGCCGGCAAAGAUAUGGACAACUGUUUCGGAUUCGAUGAUGAUGAAUAAUUCAUCUUUCAAGGAACUGUUCCAUACCUUGUCCUCAACAGAGCAUUAAUCAAUCGUAUAAGAAUAAACAAGAAGGUAGAAGUACCUUAACCGGAUCGGAUCCUAACUUAGUUGAGUUUUUUCUUCUGCGAAAAAGCUAACAAAAAGAAUGUUUGUAUCACAGAACUUUCAACUUACUUAAGUUAAUUUCAAAAGCUUGCUAGUCUGUAGUUUCAUUAGAAGUAAUCGAUUAAUAAGGUAUGAUUUUGUAAAAAUUUCUGUAUCAUUUUUAAAGUUCCAAUAAACGUUUCAAAUAUUUUAGAAUAUUCAAAA